GUCGGGGCAAGUAGCAGCCUACCGCGGAGGGUUAACGAUUAACACGGAAGCGGGACGUUACCGGAGCCUACUUAAAGCAUGCGUACCGGCAUCCUCUACGUCUGCAGCCAGAGCACGGUGCUAGGGGGAGAAGCGGAGCCUGCAGCCUGCAGCCUCAAGGAGACAAUCGUCCUACCAGUUGAUCGUCAGGAGAAUACUUUUGUGCGUCAGUAAUCAAAGCCGCCGUGGCUGCAGACCUUUAAAUAUAUCAGCUGAAGAAGUGCCAGAGGCCACGUGGUGUAAGGUGACCCUCUCCCACCCGUCCGGCUGCAGACCUCACCGCCACUGCACGGUGCGCCGCCGGAGACGCACGCCAGACGCACACACUCCGGUGUCUCCGAGUCCUACCUGGUUCACCACAGGGAUCUGCCUGCUCGUUUUUGUUCUUUGACGAACAUUGAGAUUCUGUUUUUCCCGUUUACCGUCAGCUUGCAGUGAAUGGAGAACAUACUGGUUCUGCUCCCGAAGCACCGACAGGAACACAGUCGCGCCUCGAGACGGGACUCGCACCUUCCACCCCCUUAGAACGACUUUUUAUUAUCAUUAUUAUAUUAUUAUAUGUGUGUAUAUAACACACACGCGCAAGUGCCACUCAACAACACUUUUUUUUAAUGGGAUAAAUCAAUUGGACUGAUCAGGUUCCCAAAAACCGAUCAGGUGUUCAGAUUCCCUUCAACGGUCCGGAGCAGAACUGUUCCCACCCGGUGCCCCGCAGAGCCUCCCGUCGUCCCACGGUCUCCGCAUGGUACUUUGGUCCAAGGAGCAAGACAAACAGCCCGACGCCGACAUGUCCGGUGUGGCGAUGGAGCUGAAGAAGGAAGGCGGGCCCCUCUCUCCUCCUUUCCUCACCUCCAACGGCCUGGUGCACCCCGUCCUCCUCAGCGAGGAGAACCCCGGCGCCGAAGAGCCGCGGCCGGGCACCGACCGGCCGGGCGAGUACGAGCUCACAGAGGUCACAGAGGUCACCUCCUUCACCGACAGGGCCCUGGCUGACCCCGGGGAGGGGGAGGACCGCUCGGAGCUGGUGGCCAUCGUGGACUGCCGCGCCAACGCCAAAGGCCAGCGCGAGGAGGACGCGCUGCUGGAGAACGCUUCCCAGAGCAACGAGAGCGACGACACCAGCGGGGGCCAGAGCCCCGAGCCGCCGCCCCCCCUCAAGGAGACCGCCUUCUCCAUCGGCCUGCAGGUGGUCUUCCCCUUCCUGCUGGCCGGGUUUGGGACGGUGGCGGCGGGGAUGGUGCUGGACAUUGUGCAGCACUGGAUCGUGUUCACAGAGGUGACCGAGGUGUUCAUCCUGGUCCCCGCUCUUCUGGGACUCAAAGGCAACCUGGAGAUGACCCUAGCUUCAAGACUCUCCACCGCGGCGAACAUCGGGCAGAUGGACACACCGAAGGACAUGUGGAAGAUGAUCGUGGGGAAUCUGGCCCUAAUCCAGGUCCAGGCCACAGUGGUGGGCUUCCUGGCCUCCAUAGCGGCUGUGAUCUUCGGCUGGAUCCCAGAGGGUCAGUUCAGGCUGGGCCAUGCCGUGGUGCUGUGUGCCUCCAGCGUGGCCACGGCCUUCAUAGCCUCCCUGCUGCUAGGUCUCAUCAUGAUCGGUGUGAUCCUGUUGUCCAGGAAGGUGGGUAUCAACCCGGACAACGUGGCCACGCCCAUUGCUGCCAGUCUGGGCGACCUCAUCACUCUGUCUCUCUUGGCGGGCAUCUCUACAGGACUGUACAAGGAGCUAGAGCACAACGACUGGGCCAGCCCCCUGGUGUGUGCUGUGUUCGUGGCCCUCUGUCCCAUAUGGGUCCUGAUCGCUCGCAAGAUCCCGUCCACCCGAGAGGUGCUGUACUCGGGCUGGGAGCCCGUCAUCAUCGCCAUGGCGAUCAGCAGUGUUGGCGGCCUGAUCCUGGACAAGACGGUGUCCAACCCAAACUUUGCGGGCAUGGCUGUUUUCACUCCUGUCAUCAACGGCGUUGGCGGGAACCUGGUGGCGGUACAGGCCAGCAGGAUCUCCACCUACCUGCACAUGAAUGGCCUUCCCUUAGGGGACCCCAACUACCCCCCCAGGAAGUGCCCCACACCCUGCAUCUCAUUCUUCGGUUCCUCGCUGAACGCACGCUCCGCCCGCGUUCUCUUCAUGCUGGUGGCGCCCGGCCACCUCGUCUUCCUCUACACCAUCAACUCCAUGCGAGGCGGACACACCACCCUGACGUCCAUCUUCGUUGCCUUCUACCUGGGCGCCGCCCUUCUGCAGGUGCUGAUCCUGCUGUACCUGGCCGACUGGAUGGUGCACUGGAUGUGGGGGCGGGGCAUGGACCCGGACAACUUCUCCAUCCCCUACCUGACGGCCCUGGGAGACCUGCUGGGCACGGGCUUCCUGGCGCUCUGCUUCCACGUGCUUUGGCUCAUCGGGGACCGAGACACGGACGUGGGUGACUGAACCACGACUGUCGCCAUGGCAACGCGCUCAUGUUAACCAUCAGGCAUUGACCCAAAACAACAUUCAGACCGGCGACACACACACACACACACACACACACACACACACACACACACACACACACACACACACACACACACACACACACACAAACACACACACACACACACACACACACACACACUCGUGAGCACACAGGCUUAUGUGCAAAGCACACAAAUACAUAUCAGUACAAUUGAUACCCCGAUAUCAGAAUAUACACACUUAUCAAAAAAUUCACACGUAGACAGUCAGAAACACACACACACACACACACACACACACACACACACACACACACACACACACACACACACACACACACACACACACACACACACACACAGAGACAGACACACACACACAGACAAGCACAUCCAAACAACCACCCAAGCUUGCAUAGUGACAGACCCUUCCCGAUCAGUCUGAAACAUGAUGUGGAGAGCACAUACGUAAGGGCUGACCUCAACCAAGCUUCUCAUCUCAGCAGAAUCUUUAGCAAUGGCCGUCAUCUUGAGAAAUCAUUCCUACUUCUCAAUGUGUGAAGGAAAAUACAACAUAUACAUAUAUAUAUAUAUAUAUAUAUAUAUAUAUAUAUGUAUACUUAUACCACGGUCUGGGGGAAUGCUCGAUUCUGAUUGGCUGCAGGGUGUGCAUUAACUCCUGAUAUACGGACACAUGCUAAGUAGUUCCAGUCAAAUUGUCUGUUCAGCCUCCUAACGAGAGCUGGUAAAUUGUAAAAAAAUAAUUAAACUGUAAUCAGACAAGGCGGUUAUAUGCUAUAGACCCUAGAGUAUCUGUGGUAUAAAGGCUGGGACGAAUUUUGAAAUAUAAUACAACGCAUAACGUUAGCUCUCUGGCUCAUAGCUGAGUGGACUAGAAUACCUCCCGUUGCCAAGUCGUAGCCAAGGUCCGUCCUAUUUACUGGAGGAGUGAACAACGAUCUGUUGCAUAAGAACCUUACGGGAGGGUAAUGUUUGUUCCAGGAAUAAGUCAAACCCUCAGGCAUUACCAGGGAAACAAAGUUAGGGCUUGUGAAAAACUUUAUAUUUGGAUUGUAAAACGCAUGAAAAUAUAAAUGAAUGGUCUUAAUUUAUUUACUUUGGCAAGUGACCAUGGUAUAAGCGGGAUAAUGCCCUUCGAGGUGUCCAUUAUCAGCAAUUAAUGGACUUCGUGGAGGCAACCGUCCUCCGCUGCGCGUCGGACGGUUCACGCCCCCCCGUCGACCAUUAAUUCCUGAUAAUCGACACCUCGUCGGGCAUUAUCCCUUGCAUACAUAUGUGGGAGUAUAUUUUUAACCAGGGGAAGCAUUGUGUAUGAAGGCAUCUCAACCCAGCCAAACCGUCCAGACUUAGACACUGACUGCAGCUCUACAGCCCCUUACACGACUAAACACCAGAGUCUACCGACUGUUUGUUCUCCUUAUUCUACUUUAUUUUGACAAUGAUUAUUCUAGUUGUUGAUAAUUUGAUAUGAAUCACUGUCUGUUCUGUUUCCUGAAGCCAGUCCUCAUUAUUUUCAAUGGGGAUGAUGGCACUGUUUGUAAAGAUGAGAUAAACUUUUAACACUUGAAAAAACAAUGUAUAAUUUGACAGCGCAACUGACAGAUGUUAAAAUACACGCACAGACAAGCGUAGAAUGCUUAAUCACUAAGUGCUUCUUUUAUCUAUAGAAAAUACAAAUUUGAAAUAUAUUGUAAUAAUUUUAGUUAUUGUAAUUUAGUAGCCUAUAUAGGGCUAUGCCAGAGCUUUCUCCCGCUAUUGUAUCGUCUUUAUAAUGAUUUAAUCUCAUUCACACUUUGGCCUUAAAACCGGGAGUCACGUUGGCCUUAGAAUCAAGAUGGUGAGUGUGGGCCUCCCCUUUAGAAGUGUCUUAACCCUCCUACCCUUACCCUUGAUACAUAGCAUAUAGGGCUGCCAUCAGUUCGUGUUUUGGUCGCGCUUUACUUUGAAACGUUUCUCCUGUCCUAUACGCCAAUGUAUUCCACUCCGGACCACGGGUAAUUUCUGGGAAUCCAAGGACCUUUUUGUGUUCCAUGUGAAUUAAAUCAUUUGAAUUGGCCUGUACGAUCGAUGUCGGUUAGCCACUUCGAGCCAAAUUAAAGUGAACCUAAUCAGAUGUUUUAUAGAGAAAUGUAUCUUCAUUAAAUCUGACCUUUUGAUCUGUUAAAUACCAACUUCAAUUUAAUUUGUCCUUCAUGAUUUUCACUGAACCAAGGUGGCCACCUUAUUAUCUAACCAUGUGGGGUCCCUUUAGUCGGCCUACUCUUUCCCCUGAAGCUUUCAUUUGCAUGUCUGCUAUUGUCUUUUACACUUGUUCAAGGCUUGAAGGUUUGCCUUCCAGAAUGUUCUAAUUGUUGUUGUUCCUGAACGGCUGGAUGAGACCUUCCUGGGCACACUGUUCUCACAAGCCGCGACAAACCACUAGUUUCUGGAAACCCUUGUUGUAACCUGCUCACCCAGGAUACAAGCUACAUACUUCCAAGUUGCCUUUUUUCUAAAACAACAGAAACAUUCACAGAUUCUCUCUCACACACACACACACACACACACACACACACACACACACACACACACACACACACACACACACACACACACACACACACACACACACACACACAUAUACACAGUUUCCAUAUGGCUGGAAGGCGUUGUGGGAUUGAUAAACAGUGUCUUGCCCUCUGUAAGGCAUAGCAGUCAGGCAGAACAAAGAUACUUGGAAAGAAAAAUAAAGCACGAGUGCCAGAGCGACUGUACCGAGUACAUGUGACCAGAGAGAAAUCUCUUUGUUUAGGUCAAAUCCUGCAUGUAAUGCUUGACCUAUCCACAUCUUUUCAGAAAUAUGUGUUGUUUGGAGGGUCCACAAAAAAAUAGCAUAUGCAGGGUACAUACCAUGGAUGUGCAAAACCUUGAAGAAUCCUGUCCUUUUGUUAUUCUUUCUUUUUGAUUUUAUAAAUUAGUGUUUGUCAAUUCUGUAUUGUGAGUCAAUUCUGGAGGCUUUUGCAACCUUUUUAAUUUCUUUGUUACUUUUAUUUCAUUUUUGUUCUUCUGUUAAUUGCUUCGUGUAAAGAACAUAGGAAAACAUCCACAGCAAAGUAAAACAACUUGUAAGACGCUACUCCCGUUCAGAGUACUGUAAUAUAGAAACGAGCGCCAGGGGGCAUCACUGUGAACUAAGUCACUGACGUUCUUCCAUGUGGAUUGUGCUAUCAAAGAGCCAGGCGCCGAUAGAAACCAGACCUUUAUAAACCUGUGUUCAGAAAGUCUGAGAUCUGUAUCCUCUCACCUCUAUUUUACAACCUUGUACUAGCACCCUGCCUUGUUUUCAAUGGAAAGUUGUGAAUACUUCUGUGGGGCAAGUUUUGUCUAUUUAUUUUUAGAUGCACACAAAGAAAAUUGUACAUACUAUAUUUAUUCUAUAAAUAAGUUGUUUAUUUUAUCAUUUCAUUUGGCACAGCUCUAUGUCACAGUUUUUAUGUAAUAAUGUUUUCCCUCUUUUUUGCAAUGGGCCAGUCAAAACUUUGUAGCUAGCCUCAAUUGAUCAGUAGUUGGAUAAAUAGCCCCACAAACACACCCUUGUCUUGCAUUGGGAACCUAUGUUCAGAUGUAUCAGGGCGGGCUUAAUCUAAAGUGAACCAAUCAGGAGCCAUGCGCACCACAGAGGUGUGUCUCUCUAAUUCACUUUUAUCAUUAACAGGUGUGCAGUAGAUUGAUUAUGAUGUUGUAAUUAUCACUUUAUAUUUGGGUUUAUAAGGCUAAAUAGCUGAGAAUCAAGGGAGACCAAACUGUCCUAUCUAACUCUAUAAAAUCUAAAACCAUUAAACUUAUUGUUAACCAAUGAUUUUGAGCACAAUUAGUGUGUUGUGUAUAGCCCAAAGGAUCCAUUUCUAUACCUACAUCCAACCCACGGAACUACGUGCCAAGUACAGGUAGCCAUAUAGAUUACUGACACAAUAUCACUGGCCUUCUGUUCUAAAAAUGUCCCAUAACAAACUUCUAAUAUAUUAUAAUAGCAAAAAAAAAGGUGUAUGUAUACUCAGGCAGAGGUUCAUGUGUUGCUUCUGGACUGCAUUGUCAAGCCUCUCCAGAAGGCUUGCUCUCUCGGCCCCUGCAAGACUUGGUGAA